UUAUCUUCUGCGGAGCCUUGGGUUGAAUAACCAACUCGAUAGCAAACAUCAUGGUACUGGAGAUAUGUGUUUUUACAUUUUCCCUGACGGCUCUUGGCGUCCUUUACACUAUGAACAAUGUUCCAGCAUUUCAAGAGCCAGUGGUUAUUCUGGAAAUUGGGAUGGCUGUUCUUGUGGCGGUGUUCCUCCUGGUCUACCUCGCUACUCGCUAUAAUCCUCCGAAAGAUCCUUUGUUCUAUGUUUUUGCAGAGUUUUCCUUCACGUGUGUGAUUGACUUCACGAGCGCUCUAGAAUACGAUGGCUUCACCUCAGGGUUCAUGGAGUUCUACCAGAAAACGGGGGAGCCGUAUCUCGGCACGCCGUAUGCUAUCAUGAUGUGCUACUGGGAUGGUAUAGUGCACUUCAUUCUCUACCUGAUGCUAAUACACCGCAUGUCAAACAGGCAACAAUACCGCACAUUGGGUCUUUUCUGGGCUGGAUCACUGUGUGCCAACAUGAUUGUGUUUGUACCUGGAAUCGUGGUUGGUAAAUAUGGCUCUGAGAUCCGUCCUGCCUUUUGGCUCAACAUGCCGUUUCUGUUGGUGCCCAUAUGGGGAGCAGUUUCUUUGUUCUCCAGGCCAAGGGAUAUGCCUCUUGUGGGAGCAUCCAAGGCUGAACGUGAGCAGAAAAAAGCCUUGAUCUGGCGCCCCUUGGAUCUUCUUUUUGUGGUUUAUCUAGUGGCUGCCAUGGCAUUCACUAUCUUUAGAGGACUGGCCGUUCUUGAUUGCCCGUUAGAAAUCCUGAACAGAUAUGUGACUGAAUAUGAGCCAUAUCUGAAGGAUCCCGUGGGCUUCCCAAAAGUUAUGAUGUUGCUGCUCCUGUUCCACGCGCUUCCAGUGCUGGGUGCAUUUGCAUAUGGGCUUUGCACACCUGGCUGCACUUGGAUGCUUGAUUGGACGGUAUAUUUUGCAGGUGCCAUCUUACAGUGCCAGUGGUCUCAUAUUGGAGCAUCGCUGCACCCACGCACCGCAGAAAUGUACAGGAUUCCCAUCACGACCCUGGCGCCCGUCCUCCUCCUCAACCUGCUGUAUGCGGCCAUACCUGUCCUGCUCGCCCUGCGCUGCAAACGAGAGCCGGACUACUUCCUUUCCAUCGCACCUGUGGGCCAAACUAACAAUGAGAAGAAAUUAAGUUAAAUCGACUGAGAAAAACAAAAACAUUGACCUUGAAGUAUUGAAGUUCCGUCAUCAUUUACUUGUGCUUCAGAAAGAGUGCAUUUCAAAUUGCGUUUAUUUGGCACAGCUGUGUUCCAGUGGGUUCUAGUUAAUUUGGUAAUCACGUAGGUUACAGGACCUUGCUUUUUGGAAAUGUCUUGAUUGUGUCAGUUGCCAGAGCUACGGCUGUUACUGAAUUCCUCAUGAGAAAAACAACUCUAAAUUGCAUGAAGCUGAGAUCAUUAAAGCAUGGCUUGUUCUACCUGUCUUGACACAACAAGACCUUUAACGCCACCGUUUAUAAGCCUUCCGUCUUUCACUGUAAAAUCUCAUGCAGUGUAUUUUUCUAGUUCUAUCCAUCUGCUCCUCACAAAUUUCACAGUUAGCUACAUCUUAAAUGUAACACAUGCCAGAACUUUCUCCUGAAUAAUUGACUGGUCUCAUAGG